CUCAGCCAUGCGGCGGCCGCCUGAAUUCCAAGGAUGCUGGGUACAUCACCUCCCCGGAGUACCCCAAUGACUAUCCCUCCCACCAGAACUGCGAGUGGGUCAUCUACGCCCCUGAAUCCAACCAGAAGAUUAUCCUCAACUUCAACCCUCAUUUUGAAAUUGAAAAGCACGACUGCAAGUACGACUACAUCGAGAUCCGAGAUGGCGACAAUGAAGCGGCAGACCUGCUGGGCAAGCACUGUGGGAACAUAGCACCUCCUACCAUCAUCUCUUCUGGCCCCUCUCUCUAUAUCAAGUUCACCUCGGACUAUGCACGGCAAGGUGCCGGCUUCUCCCUGCGCUACGAGAUCUACAAGACAGGUUCUGAGGACUGCUCCAGAAACUUCACUGCCUCCAAUGGCACUAUUGAGUCUCCAGGUUUCCCUGACAAGUACCCACACAACCUGGACUGUGUCUUCACCAUCAUAGCCAAGCCAAAGACAGAAAUCCUCCUCCAUUUUCUGCUCUUUGACCUUGAGCACGACCCGCUGCAGGCAGGGGAAGGAGACUGCAAGUACGACUGGCUGGACAUCUGGGAUGGCAUCCCUCAGGUCGGCCCCUUGAUAGGCAGGUACUGUGGCACUAAGAUGCCAUCGGACAUCCGCUCAACCACCGGCGUCCUCUCGCUCACCUUCCACACGGACCUGGCAGUGGCUAAAGAUGGUUUCUCUGCUCAGUACUACUUGAUCCAGCAGGAAGUCCCAGAAAACUUCCAGUGCAACGUGCCGCUGGGGAUGGAGUCUGGCAGGAUCUCCAACAUGCAGAUCAGUGCCUCCUCCACCUACUCAGAUGGACGAUGGACCCCUCAACAGAGCCGGCUCAACAGUGAUGACAACGGCUGGACCCCCAAUGUAGACAGCAACAAAGAAUACCUCCAGGUGGAUCUCCACUUCCUGACUGUGCUCACAGCCAUUGCCACACAGGGUGCCAUCUCCAGAGAAACUCAGAAUGGCUACUAUGUCCGUACCUACAAGCUGGAGGUCAGCACCAAUGGGGAGGACUGGAUGAUGUACCGACACGGGAAAAACCACAAGACAUUUCAGGCCAACGAGGACGCAACGGAGGUGGUUCUCAACAAGAUCCAUAGCCCGGUGCUCACCCGCUUUGUGCGCAUCCGUCCCCAGAGCUGGCACAACGGCAUUGCCCUGAGGCUGGAAUUGUAUGGCUGCCGCAUCACCGAUUCGCCCUGCUCCAGCUUGCUGGGAAUGCUUUCUGGCCUCAUCCCUGACUCGCAGAUCUCGGCGUCUUCCAUCAGAGGCUACGACUGGUCUCCCAGCAUGGCCCGCCUGGUGAGCAGCCGCUCGGGCUGGUUUCCGAGCUUGCCCCGCCGGGUGAGCAGCCGCUCGGGCUGGUUUCCCCGCGUCCCCCAAGCCCAGCCUGGGGAGGAGUGGCUACAGGUGGAUCUUGGGGUCCCGAAGAAUAUCAAAGGCGUCAUUAUCCAGGGGGCUCGCGGAGGGGACAGCGUGACCACCACCGAGUCCCGCUCCUUUGUGAAGAAGUUUAAGGUGGCCUACAGCAUGAAUGGAAAGGACUGGGACUUCAUCCAGGACCCCAAAACAAUGCAAGCCAAGCUUUUUGAAGGUAACAUGCACUAUGAUAUCCCUGAAGUCCGGAGGUUUGACCCUGUUCCUGCCCAGUACGUCCGAGUGCACCCCGAGAGGUGGUCCCCAGCGGGAAUAGGAAUGCGCCUGGAGGUGCUGGGCUGCGACUGGACAGAUGUAAAGCCCACUGCAGAGACGCUGGUGCCCACUUUGAAGAGCGAAGAGACCACCACCCCAUACCCAACUGAUGAAGAGGCAACCGAGUGUGGUGAUAGCUGUGGGGAAGAGGAGGAUUUCCAUCUCCCUGCGAACUUCAACUGCAACUUUGAUCUCCCUGAAGACCUCUGUGGUUGGUCACAUGACGUGGCAACAGGUUAUACGUGGUCUUUUCGGCCUACAAGCACCUGGAUUGGCAACUCUGAACCAAGCCCUGAGACUGUGCCUG